AUGGACACCGCCGAGUCAUCAUCACCGGCUAAAGAUACGCAACUUGACUCAUUAUCACUGUCCGACAGCAAUGAUGAUUCCCCCGUGAAGAUAACCAUCAAAUUUCCCCCUGAAGGGCACAACCAAACAUGGGCCUUGUCCGCCUCGGACACCUUUGAGCAUCUCAUCGCGGCCCUCGAGAUGGAUUUCCCCCAGUACGACUGGACCAAGAGCAAAGCCCUCGUCGAGAAGCGACCAAAGGGCCUCAAACCCGUCUACACGCCUUCCAACCCGCAGGACAUGACCCUGCCGCUAUCCGCCCUCAACGACACUACUCUCCGAUUCCUCGCCCCCGCGACCUCCGCCCUGAGCUCUUUGCAACAAGCCCAACAGCACGCCGCGGCGACCGCCGCCAGCUGGCAAGCCAAGCGCGCUCUCGCGCGGGCGCGGUACGCGCGGCUGAACCCGCGGCAGCGGGCGAGCGCCGACGAGCUGAACUGGACCUUCCACACAUUGCGCCCGUUACCGCACCUCCCCAACGCGGAGCGCAGCCUGGCCUUCCUCGAGCGGCUGCGCGACGACCCGGGCAUCCGGACCGUGAUGCGCCGGCACAAAUUCAGCGUCGGCCUGCUGACCGAGAUGGACCCGGCCGCGCACACGGCGGCUUCCCACGAAGGGGUCACACGCAUCCUGGGACUGAACCGGAACCGCGGCGAGGUCAUUGAGCUCCGCCUCCGCACCGACGCCUACGACGGCUGGCGCAACUACUACGUCAUCCGCAAGACGCUCUGCCACGAGCUGGCGCACAAUGUGUACGGUGAGCACGAUGCCAAGUUUUGGGCUUUGUGUAAAGAGAUCGAGAAGGAGGUGGAGAAGGCAGAUUGGAAGACCGGGGGCAGGACGGUUGGGGAUGAAGAGUACGCCCCUGCUAAGGGAAGCGAGGACGAGGAGGAUGGGAUGGUGAUGGACCAUGGCGGGUGGGAAGGGGGGACGUAUGUCCUUGGAGGUGGUGGUGAAGGGGAGAAUGGGGGCUUGAGUGCAAGGGAGAUUCGGGCGAGGGCUGCCGAGGCGAGAUGGUCCAAGUUAGAGAAGGCGACGAGGCAAGUGGGGGAUGAGAAGGGAGAAGGUUCUGGC